AUGCCUGCCACGUCACAACAGCAGGUGGGCAGCAGGGGGCGAUGCGCUGCUCUCCUGCUCCCUCUUCUCCUGCUGUCCAUGGCUCCCAGGCCUGGGAAUGCCACCAUCAACAUCCCAUCCAAAUACAAAAUAAGAGAUUUGAAAAGCCCCCCAGUGAUUACCGCUCAGCCGGUGUCUGUAACCACCUUUUCAUCAGAUGACAUCACACUUACCUGUGAGGCAACUGGGAAUCCCCCGCCCACGUUCCGCUGGGUGAAAGAUGGUGUGGAGUUUGACCCCUCUAAAGACCCUGAACUCUCCGUGUCCAGAGAUUCUGGGACCUUCUCGUCGACAGCCAAAGAUGGACCAAUUCACCAAUAUCAGGGCAGAUACAAUUGUUACGCAUCUAAUGAUCUCGGCACGGCGGUGUCUAACGAGGCUCGCAUUGUCACAGAGAACACUCCCACGCUACAGAAGGAGAAGAAGGUGGCGAAGAAGGUGGAGGAAGGAGAGAGUGUGGUGCUUUCAUGCAAUCCUCCUAACAGCACUGUGGCUCCGGUCAUCCACUGGAUGGACAAGAAGCUGCGGCACAUUCAGCAGAACGAUCGUGUGAUUCAGGGUCGCGAUGGAAACUUGUAUUUCUCUCAUGUGACUGUGGCUGACAGUCGAGACGACUACACCUGCAACACUCAGUUCCCCAGCGCACGCAUCAUCGUCCUCAAAGAGCCCAUUAAACUCACUGUUGUCCCCUCUAACUCAGUGGUGCGUAACAGAAGGCCACAAAUGAUGCGACCCACUGGCUCCCGCAGCUCCUACCUGGUGCUCAGCGGCCAAAACCUGGAGCUGGAGUGCAUUGUUAUGGGCCUCCCUUCUCCCAAGAUCCAGUGGAUCAGGAAAGAUGGAGUCCUGUCUGAGUCCCGCACAUCCAAAGAUAGUUAUGAUCGAGUUCUGCGCUUUAAGAAUAUCUUGGAGUCUGACAGCGGCGAGUACCAGUGUACCGCCUCAAAUCCGCAAGGCAUAAUCACUCACACCUACAGCAUCACUGUAGAAGCUGCCCCAUAUUGGACUAAAGAACCAAAGAGCCAGCUAUAUUCCCCAGGAGAGACUGUCAAACUGGAAUGCAAGGCUGAUGGCAUUCCCAGCCCUGAGGUCACCUGGAGCAUCAAUGGCGAUCUUCUUACUGAUAUUGACCCAGAGCCCAGACGCAGCUUGAAACAUGGCGUUCUCACUCUGAACAAUGUGGAACUCAGUGACACUGCGGUGUAUCAGUGCGAAGCAGUCAAUAAGCACGGCUCUAUACUCAUCAAUGCCUACGUCUAUGUUAUAGAACUGCCCCCCCAGAUUCUGACAGAAGAUGUGCUGAUGUACUCCGUGGCAGAGGGACAGAUGAUUGAGCUGGCGUGUGAGACCUUUGGCUCUCCUCGGCCUAAUGUCACAUGGGAGGGAGAGACAUUGGGUGCUCUUGCAUCUAACCCAAGGAUGAGACAGUUACUCGAUGGCUCUCUGCAGAUCAGUAACGCCUCCCUCGAUGACAGCGGCCAGUACACCUGCACUGUCAGCAACGGCAAAAUCACCAUCACCGCUGAGCUGGACGUACUCAAUAAGACAGUCAUUGUGAAACCUCCACUGGACCUGCGAAUCCAGCGGGGGAAGCCCGCUACCCUCGCCUGCGAGUACCAGGUGGACUCCAGGCAGGACGCCCCUCAAGUCCAAUGGAGGAAAAACGGACAAAAGCUCACAGAGUCGUCUGAUUCAGACAAGUACAUGCUAGACGAAUCUACACUCAUAAUACCUGAUGUCAAUGAAGAGGAUGAAGGGAUUUACACCUGUGAAGUCAUUACCACUCUGGAUGUAGCUGAAGCGAGAGGCUCCAUCACUAUCGUUGACCGACCAGACCCUCCGACCCAAAUACAGAUGACUGAUCCUAAAGACCGCAAUGUCACUCUCAGCUGGACACCAGGAGAUGAUCAUAACAGCCCUGUGCUAGAAUAUUUGAUUGAGUUUGAGGAGACUGAAUAUGAAAGAAAAGAAUGGGAGGAGCUAAGCCGCGUGUCAGGCAACAAUCAGCGAAUCACCGUUUCCCUGAAGCCCUUCCUUUCCUACCGUUUCCGAGUCAUCGCCAUCAAUGACAUCGGCAAGAGUGACCCGAGCAUGUACACGGAUGUCUUUUCCACACCAGCUGCUCCUCCAGACAGUAACCCUGAAGGAGUGCGCAGUGAUUCCAUCGACCCAGGCACCCUUUUAAUCACAUGGAAGGAAAUGGACAGACGUAGUUUCAACGGCCCAGGUUUUGAAUAUAAAGUGAUGUGGAGGAAAGUUUUGGGCAGUGGACCAUCUUGGCACAUUAAAUCCAUCAAGUCUCCACCCUUAAUCGUCACAGAUGUGGACAACUUCUCUGCCUUUGACAUUAAAGUGCAGGCUGUUAAUGAGAUGGGAGAAGGCCCGGAGCCCAAAUCCACCAUUGGAUACUCUGGAGAGGACUACCCUCUUGAGGCCCCUUUGAAUGUGGCAAUGGACUCGAUCAACAGCACUGCCAUUGAAGUGGUGUGGGCGUCCAUAAACAGAGAAACUGUGAGAGGUCUUCUGAAGGGUUACAAGAUUUAUCUAAUGUACUACGGCCCGGUAAGCAGACGGGAGCAUUUUAGGGAGGGGAAGCCAAGCAACAUCUCGUUUGUGGUGACAGACAGUAAUGAGGAGAAGAAGAUUCUGGGAGAUCUGCUGCCCUACUCCCAUUAUGCACUGUCUGUGAGUGUCAUCAACAAUAAAGGAGAAGGUCCCCAGUCUGAACCCCUCACUUUCCGCACUGCCGAAGGAGUACCUGGUCCUCCAUCAUCUUUACUGCUGGAUAGCCCAUCAGAGACAGAAAUGACACUGCAUUGGACUCCGCCCACCCAGCCGAAUGGUGUCCUGAAAGGAUACAUAUUACGAUAUCAACAAGUUGAUAAGAAAGACAGUUCCAUGCAAAUAGAAAAUAAUUUUGACCACGCCGUGUCUCACGUCAGCUUGAAGCUGGAUCCACAGAGCCGUUACCGCUUCUACCUGCGAGGCUACACUGCUGAGGGAGAAGGACUGCCAAUCAUCAGGGAGGGAGCUACAACACUGGAUGGAGUUCCACCCUCCAACAUUAGUUUAUCGACUGGAGAGACAUCAGUCAACCUGACCUGGGUAUCAAAAGAAAGACAGAGGAACGUGGGAUUCUUUAUUCAUUACCUGAAAAAGGAUGGCAAAGGCACGUGGAAGCACUCUGAAAGAGUAAACAGCUCCCAGUCCUUUUACACACUGCAGGGGCUCCAGUCUGGAUCUGAGUACCGCCUGAAGAUUGACUUCAAAAACAAAACUUUAUGGGAGGAUGAGGUUCAGACAGAAGGAGCAAAAGUCAUGAUGGUGCGUAAAGGGUUUGUGACUGAGAGCUGGUUCAUUGGACUCAUCAGCGCCCUUGUGCUGUUACUGCUGGUACUGCUUAUUCUGUGUUUCAUAAAACGAAGCAAAGGUGGAAAAUACUCAGUCAAAGAAAAAGAAGAAGGCCAGAUAGAUUCUGAAGCUCGGCCAAUGAAUAAUGAGGGUUUUGGAGAAUACAGAUCACUGGAGAGUGAUAACGAGGAGAAGAGGACGGCCAGUCAGCCGUCUCUGUGUGAGGAUAGUAAGCUAUGUACCGACGACGCUUUAGAUGACUAUGCCAACAGCAUGCAGACCGAGGUCAUCAUGGACGAGUCGCUGGCCAGUCAGUGCAGCGGAGUCCGAGAUGUUCCUGAUCCCGGGACUCAGGAAAGUUCCCCUCUAAAUCCUGCCACAUCCAUCUCUCACCACGGCUUGCCCAACUCCGCCGCCCUCCUUGACUAGCCGGGUGACACCAAAACCAAACGUGGAUGCACAUUGGCCCAUGACUGACCAAAUAAUCCAAAACCCACAAUUAUGAGACCUACACACACAACAGAUGCCAAGAAAACCAUCCAGAUGCACUGCUGGACAUAAUUGGACCAACACAACACUUACACAUUCGAGUGACAUAUAACAAAUAGACUGCCAUGCCCGUUGUUUACAAAUAUUACUGCUCAUUUUAUGAUAUGAAAUAGGCUACAGCCGUUUACAGUUGUAUAAAUGUGACAAGAAGAGACUAAUCCAGUGACAAAUAAAGUAGACGCUUCGCUCCCAUGGCGAACGCCAAUUCAAAUCUUAGACAGAUUCACCUGUUAGUCAAAAAAAAAAAGCGUUGCGGAAGGAGAGUGUGAGGGAGAAGAGAGAAGCUGAGGGCCUUAAAAUCAUGACUAAGUGCGUUGUGCAAGCAUAUAUACAGCAUGAGCUGGUUAUACUGGUUGCAAAACUUUAUCAGCUUAUUGUUUUGUGCGUCUCUAACAUUUGUUGAUUUUUUUUAUUCUUUGAAGGCUUGCCUGAACCAUUUUUUAUCCAUUUUAUUAUUAAUUUAUUUUAUUUUUUUACACAAGAAUCCAUUUGUUGUGUUUUAAAGGUGUUGUAAGCGAUGUUAGCCAUUGUGGAAUAUCUCCAUUUUAGCCACUGACGUAGACACGCACCCUUAAAAGAUUAGCACGGUUAUGAAAUACGUUUCAUUUUGAUCAACUCAAACUGAUCAAUGCCAUAACUCCUUCCAGUAAAUUUCUUAGAAUCUCCUACAGUGUCACAUUCAGAUCUGCCACUAUCUAAUCAUGGAGAUUCUAUUCCAUAAAAUUAGCUUACAGUACCUUUAAGUCAUCUGUGUGUUGAUAUUGUAAUAUUGUAGAGUAUACAUAUCAAUAGAAGAUACAUAUCGACAAUGACAUCCCCUCAGUUAUGAUUACAGAUUUCUGUAGUGUAAAUACAUGAUGCAAUUGCUCUACGACGCUAGAUCGUAUAUAGGAAGCUGUACAUACAAGCAUCUAUCAAUUUAGCCAAAUACAGUAUUAUAAUCUCUUUCAUCUCCAUCGGUUCCUGUGCCUGCCUUCGACAAAAUACUCACCACCAUCUCUCAUGUUUAUUUCUUCUUCUGUAUGUGUCUGUGUUCUUAAUUCUAGUUUUCUGCAUUGUAUAAAAUUGUACUGAUUCUCUCUUGGAGUCCUGUUGGUGUAAAGCCAUAAGAAUACACACGUAAGGUGUGUGGAUUUGAGGUCGUAUUGAGUUAGAUAGGGCUGUGAGAGAGUACGUCAAACACACAGUUUAGGUUUGGUUACUUCAAUGCAAUCAUGUAUUGGCUUGUCUUAUUACGCAGAAUGUAUGCUUUGUUUGGGUGGGAAUUGUUCCAUACCAGUAUACCAAAUAGCAUUUGUUCCCUUUUUUGCUUUUUGGUUCAUUUGAUUUGACGUUUGAUAAACAAAUAUAGCAGAAUAUAGCACUGAGAGAAUCUAUGGCACAUCUGGUAUUUCUCUAGAGAGGGGCACAGGGAAAAAAAAUUAUAAAAUCUCUUAAUUUCCAGAUGAAUGUAAAUAUAGCCCAAAAGAUUUGUUUGUUAUGAUGUUGAAAACUGUCCUGUUGAUUAUGUUUUAGGUUUUUACAUUUGAGUUUUGUAACUUUUUUAACUUUAGAGUAACUUGUUAGUUGUGAUUUGAGUGUGGUAGACAAGUAGUGCAUAGUAUUAAAUAACUACGAAAAAAGUCCUUUGAUAAAUAAAUGUCGCAGGUUAUGAAAAAAACGAAGAGACCGAAAAAAGCUAACUGAAACAUGAUUGCGCUUAUAGUUUCCCGAGUGCUAAAGAAUGGCAGUAUUGUGCAUAUCUGAUUAGAAUCUAUUGCUGCAGAGGCAGUGUGAAAGAAAGGAUGCAAUCAUUUUAUUUGCGCCACUGCACACACAUGCACACACACACUUCCAGGGAGCAAUAGAAACAAGCUGACUCAGAUCUUUUGAGACCACUGUCUUGCGGCAGGCUUUUUGCAGUGAUUCCCAGCCUUCUGGGAUUGUCUGAUCAGUGUAAGCCUCCCUCACAAAAGCUGUACAGACACACUCAGGACAAAAGUCUCUUAGAGGUCUAUUUUCUUACAGGAGGGGGAAGUGAUGCAAAUUCUAACUCAAUAUUCAACUGAACUGCUGCUAGUGUAUUUUGUCAGUGUCUUGACUGUGUAUUGAGCUCGGAGGUGAAUCGACUCUCGGAUAUCCACUAUACUGCCCUCUGCUACUGCAACUAAAACUGGGAGGGAGGGCAAUGUUUAAAGCGUGACUAGCGGACGAACGUUGCCGUUUCUGUUGUUACUUGUCAAAUGUACGCAUUCAAGCUCAUAAUGCAUCUUAAACUGUAGGCUUAAUGCAUAAAUAAGCUUGACAUAAUAGUCUCUUAUUCCUCUUGUAUGUUCUGUUUGUUACUGCAUAUGAUGUGAAAAUAAAUGAAGGACGAGAUGAA